GCCCCCCCGCCAUAUUCAUCCUUGACAAUGCUUCUCUGAUAAAGGGUCUCGUUAGAAAGGAAUGGAAAAUUCUGAACUCGGAUGAGGAUGCACAGUUUCUGCUAAAGCAAAACAAAAAUCUAAAUGAUUAUCGGCCUGACAUAAUUCAUGAGGCUCUCCGCUGCAUUCUAGAUAGCCCUCUUAAUAAAGCCGGCAUGGUAGGGGCAAUAUAUGUUAAAAUUGAUCAAGGAAGAUUGUUUGAAGUCAAGCCUCAUGUUCGUAUACCACGAACAUGCAGUCGAUUCUGUGGUGUCAUAAUGGAGUUGCUUCAAAAAUCUUCGGUGCGGGCCAAAGAUACAAAUGAAGUUCUUCUUCGUGUUGUUGAGGAACCUAUAAUGCGCCAUUUGCCUAUCAACUCUUAUAUAGUAGGUCUCUACUAUACGUCAGAAAAGUUGGUUGACAUAGAGGAAUAUGUCUCAGUUUGGAGCAAUGAUUUGAGUCCCGUUUUUGUGGUAGGUACAAUGGUGAAUGGGAAAGUAAAAGGGGACUAUAUUCAUGAUUAUAUUUCAGUUUCUGAAUAUCCACUUGCUGCUAAAUACUGCCUAGGGAUGAUCUGUGAAGCUUUGGAGCAGAAAUGGAAGAUUUUUUGAACUAAUAUUAUAUAUUCAAUUAUAUAGUUAGCCAAAGUAGAAUUUUCUGUUUGGAGGAUGUUAGCUUUGUUUUAUAGGGUUUAUCUAGAACUCGUGAACAUAUUUCUUUUGCAUUGAAGCAAAAUGCCAGUAAAGUGAUAUUUAUUCAAGUGAAAUAGUUGAUGGUUUUUUAUCGGUA